AUGAGUCCUGUUUGUGGAAAAUCGGGUUCUCCAUCAAUUCGGUUACACAUGUUCUCCGUCAACACGGACCUACCCGGGCCUCACUACUGCCCCAGUUGUAACCAAACUCUAGGAAACGCGCUGCGGGGCCAUCUUGGCAUCCCGGCCAUCCCCAGCAUGAGCCAGCAUGCAGGAAUUCCCCAGACGCGUACUGACGCCGAGCUUCAACCCCGAGGCGACCCUGCGGCCCCCAAGCACGGCCCACGGCGGCCCGAGGGCCUCUUUGCCUCCUGGGCGGCGGCCAUGCUCCCCGCGGAUGUGCCCCGACGCUCGGAGACGUGUCUUCGCAGGACCGCUUGCGGCGCUAGGGCUAGUUCUACGUCGCCUGCCAAGACUCCUCUUAGGCCAGCGUGGGUUGUGCACCCAGUGUGUGCGCUUGGGGACCGGAGUGGCUAUGAAUCUGCAUCUAAGGACUUUGAUGACUUGGAGGUCCAAGUUCCUGGAAGAAUCUUCUUGGUCACCAGAGGAAACAGCAGCAUUGGAAAAGUGACUACCCUUGAAAUGGCCAAGCGAGGUGGCAUCAUUCACCUGGUUUGUUGCAAUCAGAAACAAGCGGAGGGAGCCAGAGGUGAGCUCAUCAGGGAGAGCGGGAACCAGAACAUCUUUCUACAAAUUGUGGACUUGUCUGAUCCCAAGAAAAUCUGGAAAUUUGUUGACAAUUUCAAGCAAGAACAUAAACUCAAUGUUCUGAUCAAUAAUGUAGGUUGUAUGGUGAAUAAAAGAGAGCUCACAGAAGAUGGACUUGAAAAAAAUUUUGCUACCAAUACUUUGGGCGUGUACAUUCACAUGACUGGCCUGAUCCCUGUCCUGGAGAAAGAACACGACCCCAGAGUGAUAACAGUGUCCUCAGGAGGAAUGUUGGUUCAGAAACUGGACACUGAUGACCUCCAGUCAGAGAGAACAGCAUUUGAUGGAACCAUGGUCUAUGCACAAAACAAGGUGUGAGGCAGG